AGUUCAUGGCCCGGCAUAUGUUAUUGUGCUGUUGCGGGCUGAAAUCUGGAUUAUUGCAAUUACUUUUGAUCAUUUCCAAUGUCUAACUUACAUUCUCAAAUGCUAAAACCUUAAUAGUUCAACUAAUAAAUCAGAUGACGAUGGCGGACCUGGAGGGUUUGAAGAAGGUGCUGCGGUCUUUGGUGGUGUCGUCGGCCACGACGAUGGACGCGGCGUCGCUGCUGCGCGACUACCGGCGCAUGCUGGGCGAGCCGCUGCCCUGCGCCAAGCACGGCUUCCGAGACCCUGUGCAGUUUCUGCGGGAACGCUGCGCAGAUUGUUUCCUGUUUGCAGGGCCGCAGAACAAUCCCAUACUGACCCUCAUUGUGACGGACUCCAUCAAACACAUUGACCAGUUUGUCCAGAGCCAAAAGUCUUCAAAGCUGGCAAGGGGAAAACGGAGAAGCGUGCCAGAGUCCAUAAUUAAAAAACCACAGCCUAAUCUAAUAGCAAGCACAUUCAACCAUGAAACCAGCAGAAUACCAAAUGGCAGACCAAUAACCACACCAAACAGAGGAUACACAGAAAGAAAACCACCAAUAGAAUCUAGGCAUCCAGAACCAAUGGCACGAUACACAGAUUCUGGGAAACUGCAACCAAUACCACAACAUUCAGAACCUUGGAAACCGGAGCCGGUUCCACAACUAGUCACAAAGCCUGUUGGAAUGACUCCAAGAUCAAAUGCCAAGAAGGCUGAAUCAGAGUGUUCAGAUACCCCAUCAGCGAAGGUGGAGACCGUAGCCAACGGGCACAGCGAGCAGGAAGAAGGAGACUCGCACCAGCGGUUGCAGCGGUUCUAUAAGAAGCGGAUGUUCUUGUACCAGUCACAGAAGCUCGGCAGCAAAGAGUCGCUCCGGGACGAUGAUUCGGGCCGGCAGACUUCCUCCAGCCUGAGCGAGCGGUCGGCGUCGGCGUGGGCGACCCUGCAGUCCGAGAUAUUGCGGCUGGUGGCGCGGCGACCCGAAGGCGUCUGGUGCAGCGAGCUUAUACAGCUGUAUGGAGAGGAAUAUGGUCGCGAGCUAAACUUCGCUCGCUUCCGCUACCCAUCGGUAUCGGCGUGUGCUUGCGCUGUGGAAGGGUUAAACGCGCAACGAGCCGCCGACGGCAACUGGCUGCUUACUGUACAAGGAGCAGAGGAGCCGAGCAUACGUUGCGAGCCGGCACUGCGCUUGCGCCGAGUUCCGCGAGACUCCUCGCUCAGCGCUAGCAAACACGCCAGUCGCACGCUACUCGACGCUGAUGACGCUCUACCGGGCAUAGACUAUGACCCAGACGUGUUCCCCUCCGACUGCCUGAGCUUCCUGGAGAGCAUCCCACCGGGCAGCCUGGGCGAAGUGGCCCCCGGAGACAUGCUGCCUGUAGUGGUGGCCGAGGUGUACUCCCCGAGCCACCUGUGGCUGCAGCGGCUGGGGCCCGAGCACGAGCUCAUGCAGGAGCACAUGGACCAAAUGACGGAGUACUACUCGAAGGGCGAGGGCAUGGACCGCGUGCUGGCGGCCGGCGCGCGCCGCCCGGGGCAGUACUGCAGCAGCGUGUUCGAGGGCGACUGGCACCGCUCGCUCAUCGUGCAGGUCGUCGACAGCGAUACCGUCAAGGUGCGGCACGUGGACUACGGCACGGUGGACACGGUGGCGGCGGCGUCGCUGCGGCCGCUGCGGCGCUCGUGGGCGGCGCUGGCGGCGCAGGGCGUGCGCGCGCGCCUGGCGGGGCUGCGCCCGGCGGCCGCGAGCCGGCGCUGGCCGCGCGCCGCCGCCGCGCACUGCCUGGACCUGGUGCGCGAGCGCCGCCUCGUCGCCAACGUCGUGGCCGUCGACCGCGAGGAGAACAUCCUUGAAGUGUUCCUGAUCGACACGUCGACGGAGGAGGACGUGAACAUCACGGAGCAGAUGAUCCGCGCCGGGCACGCGGACGCGCGCCCGCUCUCCGCGCUCGGGGCGCGCGACGGCUACCUGCUGCCCACCUUCCACGCGCUCGAGAACGGCCUCACGCCCAACUACACCGAGAUCCACGCGCUGCUGCGCGACGGCAUCGCGCUCGACUUCGUCGACUCGUACCGCGACCACGUCGCGGCGCUGCUGCCCACCUCCAGCGACGACGGCAGCGAGCCGGCCGAGGCGACCGACGCCGACGAGCGCUGCUCCAGCCCCCCGCCCACGCCGCCCCCCGCGCUCGCCGCCAACCGCGUGCCCGUGGCGCUGUCGCUCCUCCGCCUCGCGCCCUCCCCGCCCACCGAGGAGCUCCUGCGGCUCAGCCCGGAGCCGUCGCCCGUGCCCCACUCCACCCCCGGCGCGUCGCCGCGGGAGCGGUCGGCCGAGCUGGACUCGCCCGUGCCGGAGCUUCAGGAGCGCUGCCUGACCCCGGCGCCCCCCGCCCCCGCGGAGCCGGAGUCCCCGCCCGCGCCCGCGCCCUGCGGCGGCCGCUCGUGCUGCCCCGCGCCGCACCCCGCCUCGUUCUACGCGCUGCCGUACUGCCCGUGCACGCAGCCCUACAAGCCGCAGGGGCAAGUUCCGGUCUCCGUCCCCGUGGUCCGCCAUUACUCGCCCGGCUACUUCCGCCCGCGCGUCUCCCCGCAGCAGUACUAUCCCCGGUUCCGCCCGCCGGUCGGCGUGGGCUACUACGCCGGCCCGCCGGUUUUUCAUCCGGCCCCCCCACAUUUUCCGGCCGCGCCCCACCCUCAACAUUUUGUACCGAAUUCGGCGCAGAAUCCCCAGCGGUUCGUGCCGAACUCGAUGCAUAAUCCCCAGCAGUUCGUCCCGAAUUCGACCCAAAACUUCAGGCCGUACCCGGGAUCGAUGAAUCCGCCCGGCCCGGCGCCUAACUCGCCAAAUUUCGGACCUAACCCCGUACCGAAUUCGUCUACCGUCCGGUCCGCACCCGAUCGGCAACAUAAUGGCUCCAGUUCACCAAAUCUGCAAUCCGCGAGCCCCGCGCCUAACGGCCCGCAACCUGCAAACUGCGGUCCGGGGCCGCUCCGAGCGUCGUCAAACUCCUUGAACGGCGCGGACGGUCCCUCGGUGCGGUUAAGCGCGGAAGAGUGCGAGAUAUUCGAGCUGCUCUCCCGCGUGGACCCGGGCGCGGCGCACCGCUACAUGAUCGCGGCGCUGCGGCGCGCGCGCGGCGAGGCCGAGCGGGCGCCGGGCCCCGGCCGGCCCCCCGGCCCCGGGCGGCCCCCCGGCCCCGAGCGGCCCCCCGGCGGCCUCAACCCCGACGCGGCCGAGUUCCGCGCCAAGCCGAACUGCCGCCCGCCGCCCGGCUUUGAGAACUUUGCCAAGUAG